AUGGAUUUUAAUUUAAAUAUUUAAGAAGAUACUCUUUUGUAAAUUGAAUAAAUAUUAAGCUAAUACUCUUAAAAUGGCAAGCUAAUUUUUGGAAAAACACAACUUGUUUUAUCUUCUUUAUUAUGCCCAUUUAGAGGUAAUUGGAAUAAACAUUUAUAAGAUUUAGAUUAUACACUUAAAAUAUCAAGGAAUAUAGCUUUAGACCCAAUAAAAGCAAGAAAUCUUAAUCCAUAUUUUAUAGAGCUAUAUGAAAGAUGUGUUAAUAAUAAUCAAAAUAAAUAAACUGCAGCUCAAGCUGUCUUUUCGCAAAAUAAAAUCAUUACUCAACAGUAGGAAACGUAAAUUACUGAUACGCUUGAAUCUGUUUAACUCAUAAUUGAUUCUUAUUUGACAUCAUUUAACAAUAAAUCCCUCUCUUUACUAGUAGUUAUCUCUUCUCUAUUAUCAGAAGACUUAAAUAAAAUGUCUUUUACAGAAAAACUAUUCGCCUACACAUAAUAACUCAAUUAAAUUAAAAUUUAGCUACCCACCGAUAAUACUUAGACACCAUAAUAAAAAAAUAGCGCAUGUCCUAACACUUUCUAAAAUAAAAAUUUGAAAGUUUAGGAUUUUAUUAAAAAUAAUAAAAUUCAAUAAGAAAACAAGUUAGUAGGACUUUCCAAUUAGAAUAUUUAUGAGAAUUAAAAUCUAAACGUUCUAAAUAGAUAGAAAUCAUCUAAUUAAAAUGAAUAAGAAACAUAAUUUAAAAAACCAUAUGAAAAAAACAAUAUUGAAUAAUAUCCUCAAAAUAGUAACUUAAAAAAUGAUAAUAAGUAGAAGUAAUAAUAAUACUUAACAAAAUUAUAACCAAAAAUUUAAAAAGACAUAAAUGUUUGUGAAAAUUUAAAUUAAAUUUAAUAAAAUAUUUUUAAUUAAAAUAAUGUUUAAUUAAAAAAAUUACUUUCUUUAAAUAUUUAAGAUAAAUAGAAAAAUUAGUAAAUUUAAUUAAAAAAAUAAUUUUCUAAUUAAAUCUAAAUUAAUAGCAAUAAAUUAAAUUCUUAGCCUUUAAAUCUAAAAAAUUAGUGUGAAAUAAAACAUUUUAAUUAAUAAGAACCAAUUAAAUUUAUUGAAAAUAGAUAAACUUCUAUUUAGAAUUAACCAAAAUUUUACAGUGAAGAAGUUGAUUCCAUUUUAAAGUAGAUAAAAGAACUUACAGAGAAUGAAAGAGAGAUUUUCAUGAAACUUUUUGGUAAAUAUCUAGAUGGCAUGAAUGGAUAAUUUUUAGAUGACUUGAAAAAAAGAUAUCCUGAAAUUUACUAUUUAAUUUAAUCAAGCAAAGCUUUGGAAAAAGUUUCAAAAAUGACACCACGCUCAGUUUAGAUAGUUUCUUGCUUGCUUUUUUUAUACAAAUAAAAGUAAAAAGGAAGAAUCUUACAGAUUAACACUGGAGAAGGUAAGUCUAUAACUGUUGCUAUGAUUGCUGCUACGAGAUGCUUGAUGAAAGAUAAAGUCGAUGUUUUCACUUCAAACAAAGAACUUGCAAAGAGAGAUUGCGAGGAGUUUUAAAUGUUUUAUAAAGAGCUAGGUUUAACAUGUGGAUCUAUUGGCUCUGAAUAAUUUCGUUCCAGCGAACCAAAUGAGACUUACAAAAAAAAUGUGGUAUAUGGUGAUGUUGGAAGUUAUGCUGCCGAUUUACUUGGAGAUUAUUAUGAGUAAAGAGGCACUAGAUGUGGUAGACUGUUCGAUUUUGCUAUUGUUGAUGAGGUUGACUGCAUGCUCAUUGAUCAGCAUAACCAUUCUACCUCUCUUGCUAAAAGUAUUCCAGGAUUAACUAAGCUGAAUACUAUUCUGUGGCUAAUUUGGUAUAAAAUAACUUAGAUGAGAGAUCAAUAUUUAGAAGGGUACUACUACUUUGUAGAAAACUAAGACAAGAAAUAUUGUUGCAGGGCUGAAGAUUUUAUUACUGAAUUUAUCAACUAAACUCUAAUGAGAGGAGAAAUUUCUGCAAAAAUCGAUGAAUUAAUACCUAAUCACAUAAAAUCUUUUGCAAUGUCUUAAAUGAAGGAAUGGGUAAUGAAUGGCUUUUAUGCUUAAUAACUUCAAAGAAACAAAGAAUAUAAAGUAGAAAAUGAUAAAAUAAUUCCUAUUGACUACGACAAUACAGGUGUUGCCCAAUUAAACACUUAAUGGAGAGGAGGUUUGCAUCAAUUUAUUUAAAUGAAAGAAAAUGUGACUGUGACUCCUAUGAAUAUGACUGUUAACUUUGUCUCUAAUAUAUACAUGUUUUUGCUCUAUAAAACUAAUUUAGUAGGACUGACUGGAACAUUAGGCUCAUUUAAGUCUAUUGAUGUUCUGUAAUAGUUUUACUAGGUUGAUACUCUGAAAGUUCCCCCUUUCAAACCUAGAAAGUUAUAAAUAUUGCCUCCUAUUAUUGAAUAAACAACACUAGAUUUCCAAAAGACAAUUAUUAAUGAGAUUGGACUUUAAAUGAAUAAAGGAAGUCCAUGCCUGAUAAUUUCAGAGUCAGAAAAAUUCAGCAAACACAUUUCUAAAUUAAUUUCAAAGAGAUUUCAAAAUAUAAAAAUAGUAGAAUAUUACACUGGUAAUGAGAGUAUAGAAAAAGAAUCAAUUAAUGAAUUUUGUAUCAUUUUAAGUACUAAUUUGGCAGGUAGAGGAACUGAUAUAAAACUUUCCACUCAAAUUAUAAACAAUGGUGGCUUACAUGUGAUAGUUACAUUUACGCCAAAAAAUAAAAGAGUGGAAGAUUAAGCAUUUGGCAGGGCAGGUAGAUGCGGGUAAGAUGGUAGCGCUCAGAUGGUAAUUGAUGGUUCAAAAGACAGUUUUAUUAUUAAAAAUAAGAUUUAAUCAAAUUUAAUUGAGGAAAGAGACAAAGUGGACGCUUAGAUUUGCGAGAAAUAGCUGCAAAAUAUGAUUGAUAUUUCUAAAAUGGAUGAAAUCUUUUGGGACUAUUGCAAAACUUUAAAUACUUGCGAAAUACUAAAAAAAAAGCAGUAUCUGAGGAAGUAGGAGGAAGAAAUUUGGGCAACUUUUUAUUGUAAGAUUUAAAAUAUGAGAAAAGAACCAGAGAAAGCCAUGAAAGAAUAUAUGAUUUUCAAAGAAGAUUUUCAAAAAAGAGUGAACGAGAGAAAUGUCGUUAAUCCUUCUUAUUUAAUUAGCGAAGGAAUGAAAUUGCUAAUUGAAAAAAAAUUCACAGAAGCACUCCAAAUAUCAGACGAAAUUAUCUUGAAAAAUCCAAAAAAUUUAGCAGCUCACUACAUCAAAGCUAUUGCAUUUACUUCUUUGAAAUAACAUUCUAUUUCUCUUUAAAUGCUUGAUAAAUGCGAAAUGAUUCUUCAAUAAAAAAAUAGUUUACACUAAGCACUACAAAUUCUAUAACUAUAAUCUUAAUCCUUAGUAUAGCAAGAAUAUAAUUAAGAGUUAUAUGAAUAAAGCAUUUUAUUGAGCAAAAAUUUUAUGAAUCAAGCUCAAGAGUCUAAGAUAUUUAACAUAAAUAAAUAUGAUAGAAAGUAAUUAGAAUCUUAUAUUUCAGAGAGUGGAUGUUUCAAGAGGAUUAAAGACGAGGAACUAAUAAGAGGAAAAAUUUUAGAAUAAAUAAGGGAUUUAAAAGGUGAAAUAAAAGUUUUGUAAAGAAAUAUUUCAAAGAAAGAAAAUUUAAAUUUUAUCAGAAUAGAUGAAUUUUUUUAAGAUGAUAAAAUUACUUAAUAGAUAAUAAAAGAAUAUCUAAAUGAAGAGCUGCCUUUCGUCAUAAAUUUGUUUGAAAGAAAACCAUUGCAAUGGAAAUCUUUGAUCCCCCUUGCUUGCAGUAUAUUUUAGCUCUCUAAUUCUUUAUAUUUAAUGUAAGAUUCAAUCAUUUAAAAGGAUAAUCAAAAUAAUUUAAAUAAACAAAAUAUGAAAUUAAUGAAUGAUAAUUAGAAUUACUUUUAAAAUGAUAAUUAUAUUGAAGUUAUCUAAGAACACAACGACUAAGUUUAAGGAAUAGCAAAUGCGAUAGAAAAAAUGAUGCUCAUUGAUGGACUAAAUUUAAAAGAAUAUAUGAGCUAGGAAUCAAUUGUUAUAAUUUACCAUAUCAGAAAAUUUUAAAUAUAAGAUUAUGUUCACAUGCUUACAUAAAUCAGUGAUCAUUCAGCAAAUAAAAUAUAAAAAGAAUUAAUAAUUUAAAUAUCUUUCAAAGAUGCUCUAACAAAAGAAGUUGCCAAAUACUCCAAAUAAAUAGCCUAUAUCACAUAACAAAUGGCCUAAGAUCAAAAAUUCUUAAAUAUAAGUUAGCUUCAAACAAAGUUUUAGCUAAAUUGCAGUAAAAUUUUAGAAUAAACGUAAGCAUUCUAAUUAAUUAAUAAGAAUUAAAUAGAAAAUAUUUACAAGGCAUUCAAGUAGCAAUUUUAAUAUUUAAAUUUUUAACACUUUGAAAGAGAUAUUGUUAGAAAUUUAAGGUAGAAUUUAAUAUAACACCAUAAAAAGUAAAUUAUAGAUAAUCUUGAAAGUUUUAUUAAAGACAACUACGAAUUACUUCUUUCUCCUAAUUAGUUUUUCGAAUUAGUUUAUAAUUUAAUGCAAGAUCCUCUCAAUAAUGUAAUAAAUUUGACUAUUUAAAACAUGUAAACCAUAGUUUGCGAUACUAUUUGCAGUUAUUUAGUUCAUAAAAUUAAACAAGAAAUAAAUUACCUUAAGUAAUUAUUGCAAAAUUAAGCAUAAAAAAUGUAAAAAUUAUAACAAAAUAAUAAUUAUACUAUUAACACAUAGAAUAAAAUUAAAAAUUAUGAGAAGAUUUAAAAUUAAUUAGAGUAGGAUGAAGGAAUAAUUUAAUAAUUUAUGAAUAGUCUUAAGUAAGCAAUAACUUAAUUUAAAUUAGAUGUCAAUAAUAGUCUGUCUCUAUAACCUUAAAUGCUUGAAAAAGUUUAGAUAAAAAACUUUAUUUUAAAUAACAACUAAAACUUAGUUUAAAAAGAAGAAUUUUUAACUCUAAUUCAGCAAAUUUUGAUCUAAUUGCAAGAAAAAAAUUAAUUGCAAUAUAAUUCAAAAGAGUUUUAAAACUAUUUUGUAAAGAAAAUUUAAAUUGAAAUAUUAAUUCCAACAUUCAAAACAGUCUCUCAUAUAUUUUUACAACAAAUUGAAAGCAACGCAAUAUAAGGGCUAUUCAGUCAUAUAAUUUAAUGA